AGAAAGCGUUUGAUUCUACUGGUACGGUUUUUAAAAGCAGGGCAGCUCAGUAGCCAUUUGAAAUCGUAGCUGAUAAAACGCCGUCGUUUCAAGGGAGUAGAUAGAUCUUCCCGUUCGAACAUUCUCGAAAUCGGAAAAAUGGAGAGGAACACGCCGGUCAGGAAGCCUCACACUUCGACGGCAGAUCUGUUGACCUGGUCGGAAAAUCCUCCAGCUGAUUCACCGAUGACCGGCUCCGCCGCUCGAUCCUCCGCCCGUUCUCACCAGCCGUCGGAUGGGAUCAGUAAGGUUGUGUUCGGAGGUCAGGUUACCGAUGAAGAAGUUGAGAGCUUGAACAAAAGGAAACCAGUUUCCGGCUACAAAUUAAAAGAGAUCACCGGAAGUGGUAUAUUUGCAAGUAACGGAGAGAAUGGUGUAGAAGAAACCGAUUCUGCAACUCACACCCCAUCUAAUCCAACUAGCAUACGCAUGUAUCAGCAAGCGGUUGUUGGAAUGAGUCACAUUUCAUUUGGAGAAGAAGAAACAGCAUCUCCUAAAAAAUCAAUAUCCGAAGCUAAACAACGAGAACUAAGUGGAACAUUAGAGAGUGAAUCAGAAGCAAGGUUGAAGAAACAAAUUUCAGAUCUAAAAAACAAAGAGCUUAGUGGACAUAAUAUAUUCGCACCCCCGCCCGAAAUCCAACCCCGCCCGUUAGCUGCCCGAGCUUUAGCUCUCCGAGAAUCCAUAACCAUCGGCGAAUCCACUCCACAUAAUAGUAACGGGGGAGAAUGUGUGGUGAAGACAGCGAAGAAGAUUCCGAAUCAGAAACUGACGGAACUUUCUGGAAACAAUAUAUUUAAAGGAGAUGACACGUCAGCAUUGGUGGAGAAGCCGUUGAGUUCCGCGAAGCUACGGGAAAUGAGUGGGAGUAAUAUUUUUGCGGACGGGAAAGCGGAGUCGAGAGACUAUUUAGGCGGUGUUAGGAAGCCACCUGGCGGUGAGAGCAGUAUCGCGUUGGUGUAAUUGUUAGGUUUUGAAUUUGGAUUUGACUAUCUGGUUUUUAUUUAUUUUAUUUAAGGGUUAAUGACUUCUUUAUGCAAUCAAGUUAUGUGUUUUUACUUA